AUGCAGCGUCCGUUUGAGGUUGCGAUCCCGCGGGAGAGCAGCAGCUCGACCUACGAUGCGGCUCGACGGCUGCCUCGUCCGCUGUCGGUAGACGCAGCUCUGCAGUUCUCGCCCAUGACGAGUGCGCCAAUAUUCGGCCUGGACUCUAUCUUGCGGCCGGAUAUCGAGCAGCCCUCACUUGCCAACUGGGCGCGCACCUACGACUCCCACACCGCCGGCAGAUUGAUAGAUACCCUCGACAAUGAGACCCAAGCAAGCUCUACAGACUCGUCCUAUAUCGAGACCGUCCGCAAGAAUAUACAUAACCUGCUCAUAGGCGAAGGAUUGACAGGCGACGGUCUGACAACAAUUCGCUUUAAAGCCCCCCCGCGAAGCUAUCAACCUCGCCCUUCUGAAAAGCCCCAGGCACCUCAAACCAACAUGGAAUUCACUGCUCAUGAACGUCUUGGGCCCUUUGCAAAGAUGGUGCUUGAUACUACCAACAUCCCGUAUAGAUAUCCAUCACCAAGCUCUCCAAGUCCGCCAAAACAAGUGCACCGGUCCAAACCAGCUCCAGCUCUAGACCAGCAUAAUAGGAAUAUCCGUGAUGAUGGAGGAAAGGCGGUUUCAAAUACCCAGGUCCCAGGUAUGGCCGUCAAACCCGUUGUCUUGGUUCCAUCGUUUUCCGACCCCUCGCAACUGAGCGAGUACCAACAUAUUCCAAAUACCCAUGCAAAACGGCGGUUGUUGUCUCCAGCUACGCAACACGCUGAAUCAGUAAAAAUGCGAGAUCAAAGGGAAGUGAUCAACACGGCUGUAGCAAACCUUCAGUCGCUUCUCCAAGAUGUAUUUGAAUGCGAAGACGAAUUACAGCUUGACGGCUCCCAAGGUCAAGGGCAGAAUACCAAUAAAUACUUUUACACCAUGGAUACAACAGAAGACAGCAGGCCGUGUCUAUCCUCAGAGACCCAUAAGCAGCUACAGAAGGCUUUUAGGAGUGUUUCCGGAUAUGGGAAGCUUGGUGAUAUCCCUAAUGACUUUAUAACGCGUGUCCAGAAGCUUUGUGAAGGCUCCAUCAUGGCGGCACAGUCAGUUGACACCAAGGUUGAAAGCGACAUGUCUGAAACCAGCAUUGAAAACUGGGCAAAACAACUUGGAGACCUGGAAAACGCAUUGCUUGCGAUGGGUACACUGCUACACACCAUGGAUGGCCGUACGGAUGCAAAGGAACUUUGCUCUGAAGAUAUGAUACAACUCAUCCCAACAGCUUUGAACAACGUUUUCGAGCGCUGUAUCAUACCAGCGGUUGAAUGCAGACCAAGUGGUAAAGAUACAGCUCUCUUCAGCAUGUUCGCAAGUCAAAAGCAAGCGAUAUCAAGCCUAACCCUACAAUCAAGAAAAGUCCUGUCUCAGCUAGGCGUUUUUCUCUCCGCAGUUGACCUUGUUGAAGGUGCAAUCACGGCAAUGGAGUUUAUGGCUACCAAAUUGAUAUUUGUCGAAAAUGCUCAUCAUGAGAAAGACUCCACUAUUGGAGUUCAGAAAUUCGAGGCAGUUAGACGUUGUGCCAUGGACAUGCUUGCCAAGGUAUUUGCCAAAUAUGCUGAGCAACGAUCUUUUAUCCUCGACGAGAUUCUUGUGUCUCUCGAAAAGCUUCCGUCGACAAGGCAAAGCGCUAGGCAAUUUAAGCUCACAGAUGGGAAAAGUAUCCAAUUGCUAUCCGCGUUAGUUAUACAGCUUGUCCAAACGACCGCGGUUAGAAGCUCGUCAUACGAUGCGGCAAAACCUAAACUGCGAUCAUCUGGUCAGAACGAAGAGAAUUCAGACGAUGAUGAGUCGGGGUCUGAGGAUGAAGACGAUACGUCUCCAUUUAUAAACCUCUCUAAGCAGGUGGACCAGGCCUAUGAUAAUGCCGUACGCAGCGCACAAUAUAUCACCAGAUUUAUUGUUCAACGAGCUAUGACCUCAACGAAAACUGGUGAUCAACCUUACAGAAAUAUUCUAGAUUUAUUUACGGAAGAUUUGAUAAGCAUUCUUGGCUCUUCAGAAUGGCCUGGUGUUGAACUGCUUCUACGGGUGCUUGCUUCUCAAAUGGUGGGGAUAGCAGAGCAUGACAAGAGCACAGCAAAUGCAAAAAAUAUGGCCCUGGAACUGCUAGGCUGGAUGGGAUCUGCAAUCUCAGAUCUGACUUCCACAGCACAACAUUUGAACAACUCAACAGAUGAGGGUGACUCUGAGCUAACUGAGUACAUAAGGCAACUAUUCGACAACCAUCUUAGCCGCUCAUUGCAUGUUCAAGACUUGGUCGUUAGCGAUGGACCUUACCGUAUUGCCCUUGAAUACCUUAAUACUAAAGAUGUGGCAGGCUCACACCUCCCAAGUGCUCGAGACUAUCUCCUUACAUCCUGGGCUAAAACUGCAUGCACUGUUUAUUCUGAUACCUCUCAGAAUGAGACUAUGCCUCGCGACUCUUCUGUCCGAAAGCUAGCAACCUCAUUGAAAAGCUUGAUUUCAGAACCUCAAUGGCUUGAACAACAUCGUGAGUUUGAAACUAUUUCAACCCAACAAGCUCGAUUCGCCUACCUCAUUGUGAUUCUGAGCAGUGGAUUUUGCAAGGCCUUUGAUACCAUUGUUAAGGUUUUACUUAGUUCCAUUUCCAGUGAUCAGGCAAAAGUGCGCAGUAGAAGCUUAAAAAGUGUCAUUCAUAUGCUUGAACGCGACCCAAGCUUGCUAGACCGUGAUGACUCCAUUAUGGACUUGAUUCUUCGAUGCGCAGCUGACUCGUCACCAAUGGUUCGCGACUCUGCCCUUACUUUAACGGCCCGAUGCAUUUCCCUCAAGCCAGCAUUGGAAAAUGAGUGUUGCCGUGCAAUCUUAGCCUGUGCUUCUGAUCCAACGGUUGGUGUGCGAAAGCGAUGCAUUGGUCUGAUGAAGGACGUAUACACGGCAACCUCCAACAAGGAGUUGAGAAUUUCUAUCAUAGAGCAGAUACUAAGGAGAGUCCAAGAUCAUGAAACCAAUGUUGCAACACUAGCACGACAAGCUCUGGAGGAACUUUGGCUAUCACCACUCCAUUCCGCGGAGACGUUCGACACACCGCAGGCCAAGGUAUCUCUCGGAGAACUGGUCGCGCUUUUCAUAGGGGCCGUUCAACGAGGUGAUGAAGUAGUAUCGAACCUUGAAUCCUUCUUCAAAGCGGUCCUUCAACCAGAAUCCAGGUCGGUGGCGCAAAACUUCAAAAUAUGCAAGGCAGUGGUUGCUACUCUCUUCGAAAACGUAGUCCAUGGAUCCAAUGCCGACCAGCGAUCUCUGCAAUCUCAUCUUCGGACGCUAACAGUAUUUGCGAAAUCGAAUCCUAAGCUACUUACCCCAGACCAACUCGAGACUCUUCACCCCUACAUUGGACACCUUUCAAGCACAGAUGAUCUCCUACUUUUCCGUUCUGUGGUGGUAAUAUACCGCUGUGUCCUACCUAACCUCUCAUCUGCUCACAAUAACCUCCUCAAAGAGAUUCAAAAUGACUUGUUCAAGAGCGUUUCCAAGCUUGCUAGGACCGAACUCAAUGAGGUCAUGGCCUGUCUGUGGACUAUCAAUGGUGUUUUGCAGAAUACCGAGCGAUUAGUCAAACUUACAAUAUCUGUCUUAAAAGGAAUUUACCAGGCAUCGAACAGCAAACUUGAUGUUUCUACCAGUGGCGAUGCCUUAGGCCGAGUUCGAAGUUAUAUAAGGAUUGCUGGCUGUGUGGGGAAACAUUGCAAUCUGGAGAAAUUUACUUCAUUCUUUGCCCACGCAUUCCCAAAAUCCAGCACCGAAUCAGUUUCUGGGCUCAUGGUGGAGUUUAUAGCACCAUUUGCGUCUUCGACAUACCCUCAUGAGCUCAGAGUUAUGGCUUUAGAGAGCUUGGGCUCAAUAUGUGAAACAUGGCCCGAACAAUACGGUAAAGAGAAAGCCAGGUUGGCGUUUUCUUCGGUCUUCAAGGAAGACAGUGGAGACCUCCAGGAUAUUGUCCUGAAAACGUUCCUCGCUUUUUUCUCCAUUCAUGAAGGUAAAUCAGAAAAGUUUGUGAAUACCACUGAAACGAAUGGUGAGAAUACCGAUACUAGCAGACUUGGAGGAUCAUUAAAGGCCAAUGCAAACGAUGGUGCAGCCGCCUUGAUAGCGCAAAAUUUCCUACCCCAAAUGCUUCAUGCCGCUAUGUCAAAGCAGGAUUCUUUUGCACUAACAGCCAUCGAACUGAUCGCGAGUAUCAACCGCCAAGGCCUUAUCCAUCCAAAAGAAUGUGCAGGCGUACUGGUGUCCUUGGAAACUUCCCCUAACUCAACCAUCGCUACAACCGCAUAUGAUAUCCACAAAAUGCUUCACCAGCAACAUGAGUCUAUGUUUGAUCGUGAGUACAUGAGGGCAAUCCAGGAGGCAUUUUACUAUCAGCGCGACGUUGUCGGAGAUUCAACUGGAGCCUCAGCCCGUCCGUUCACUUCAAAACUCGCUUUACUAUUCGAUAUCAUUAAACUUAGCAACAGCAAGUAUCAAAAGAAAUUCCUCACGAACUUUUGCUCCAAAGCCAACUUUGAGCUUAAAAAGCUCGAUGCUUCAGGGACACCGCCUGAACAUUUGGAACUUACAAGGUUCGUGUGCCAAAACGUUGCAUUCUUUGAUUAUGCCCAAGUCGCCGAACUUCUGGCUGCAAUAUCUUGCAUGGAACGUAUUGUGGGGACCACUGGCACCGCAGUUGCACAUUCCAUAGACACAGAGGUUCUCUCUGUGAAGGUGCCAGAGCCAAUCGAACCAACCGAACCACAAGAAGGAGACUCUAGUAGUAUUGCUCCCCCUGUUGACCCUGCUGCUCUAAAGCGACUUGCAACGGCUGCCGCAGGACUUUCAAUGUUAUGGGAGACAAGGUCCUAUCUCCGUCGGCUUUAUAACCUGAACUUCCAUUCAUUACAAAAAGAGGGCAAAGUUUCUAUAAAAGAACUAAACAAACCCGCCUCUAAAGUACCUGGCAUCAACGGCGACCGGUUCUGGGAGACUAUAGCACGAAUUAUGAGAUCUUUGGACGGUAUUGACUCCAUGGCUAACAUGUGCCGUGAAUUUUCUACCUUAAUGUCGGUGGAUGACGAACUCAAGAUCGCUGGUGAUGAAGACCGAGGCAGCCCUGACCCCUUUGCCGAAGUUAACGACAUGAGCAGCGUGCUUGGGGCUGCAGGACGACCUGUUAAGCGAAAGAGCUCCAUCUCUAGUGCCACUACACCAAAGAAGAGACCACGAGGAAGGCCAAAACUGGGAACUAAACGUCCUAGUGAAGACUCAGACGAGGACAGUGACAUUUAG